UGGCCAGGCCGUUGCGACUGUCUGGCAACGCGAAUUGCAACACGUCACCUGCUCCGCGAAAAAUGUAAUUUUUUUGUUUACGUUUAAAUUCCGUGUGUUUCGUGUGUUAUUUGUGAACAAGAUGAAGUUCGCCGACGUGCUGCGUCGCUUAGACGCCUAUCCGCGCACUUUGGACGAUUUCAGCGUGCGCACAGUGGGCGGCGCUGCAGUUACAAUCAUCAGCACCAGCAUUAUUAGUCUGCUGAUCUUCCUGGAAUUCCUAAACUACAUGCGGCCCAACCUGAAUGAGGAACUUUUUGUGGACACGACACGGGGUCAAAAAUUGCGAAUCAAUCUGGAUGUGACCAUGCACAAUUUGGCCUGCAACUACAUCUCUCUGGAUGCAAUGGACUCGUCGGGCGACACCCACUUAAGGGUCGACCACGACGUCUUCAAGCAUCGGUUGGAUCUCAAGGGGGAGCCCCUCAAGGAGACGCCCAUCAAGGAGAUUGUGGCCGUCUCGCCGCCCAACAAGAACGUCACCUGCGGCAGUUGCUACGGAGCGGAGCACAAUGGCACCCACUGCUGCAACACAUGCGAGGAGGUGCUCGAUGCCUACCGACUGCGCAAGUGGAACGUCCAAGUGGACAAAAUAGAGCAGUGCAAGGGCAAGUACAAGCGCACCGACGAGGACGCCUUCAAGGAGGGCUGUCGCAUCCAGGGCCACCUGGAGGUGAACCGCAUGGCCGGCAGCUUUCACUUUGCGCCCGGCAAGAGCUUCUCCAUCCGCCAGUUUCACAUCCACGACUUCCAGUUCAGCAAUGUGAAGCUGUCGCACACAAUCAAUCACCUGUCCUUUGGCGAGAAGAUCGAGUUUGCCAAGACGCAUCCUCUGGAUGGACUGCGUGUGGACGUGACGGAGACCAAAAGUGAAAUGUUUAACUAUUAUCUAAAAAUUGUACCUACGUUAUAUAUGCGAGGCAGCGAGCCCAUAUACACGAAUCAGUUCUCGGUGACGCGAUACCGCAAGGAUCUUUCGGAUCGCGAGCGUGGAAUGCCGGGCAUAUUCUUCAGCUACGAACUCUCACCGCUGAUGGUGAAAUAUGCGGAGAAGCACAACUCGUUUGGCCACUUCGCCACGAAUUGCUGUUCCAUCAUCGGAGGCGUCUUCACGGUGGCCGGCAUUCUGGCCGUGCUGCUGAACAACUCGUGGGAGGCCAUUCAGCGCAAACUGGAGGUGGGCAAGCUCAGCUAACAACAAAUUGAGUCUCUUGUGCAGCUUCAUUGCAGCUUAACUACGCCUAUCUCAUUAUACAUUCGACAAAUCUCCAAAUAAAAGUGCUUAAUUUUAUAGAAAA